UCUUGGCGUGGCGCGCUUGCUCAAAUACAUUUCUGAGCCCUGAAACCACCGCAUCCAACCAACCAACACCAGAAGGGAGGUUGCGAGCAGAACGAAACGACAAGGCCGGCGCCCAGGAUGUCAAUGUAGGUCAUGUUUAUGCUAUUGAACACAAUCAUCUCAAUGUAAUGGGCCAUCAGUGUCCCCCAAAUACUGGCCUGGGCGCCAGCAAACUAGAGGGGGAUGAAAGCAGGCAACGGGGAGAGUCUCUUACCAACACACAGAGCUCACUUGCUGGAUUCAAUGGAAACAUUUGGAAAUGGUCAAUGCGUGUUCGAGGGAAGGAUCCCACAUCCGUCAGCAUGGCUCCAUGUCCGGAGGUCGUUGGGGUGUCUACUGUGUGCGGGUUCCAGUCAUCGGCGGUAACGUGCAGUGCUCCCCGCGCUGUAGCUCACACGAGCGGGUCGUCGCAGCCGGCUCUAUCCUCCCCAUCUCGCACACUGUCAUCUCAACUCGACCGCUGUCAGCGUGGCUCUGCACAUGAUUUGCUCAGCGCCAGAAAAAAUAAAGGCAAACAGCGCGAUGAUCCUCCCCCCGACGCGCAGAGCCCACCGUCUCAUGAUCGCACUCUCCUCGGCCACCUGGAUAGCAAAGAUAGUCGAGGUUCCUGGGAACGGUUAAUGCAGGCUCGAGGCAAAAAUUCCACAUUCGGUUCCCUGUAUUCCAGCACUCGACUUGCAAAUGCACCCCAACGCAGAAUACCGCGCAAUCCCUGGCACUGGAAUUCUAGCUUAUGUCCAGGACGAUCUUCCAGACAUCUCGUUGAUAUUACUGCUUGCCGCGAUGAAGAUAGAUACGCCAUUACGCCAGAAUCUGACGCGGAAGCGGCUGCUGCAAUGCUACGCACGAAUGACGAUAUGGCCGACAGUUCAACGCGACCGGGUCAACCUGCAGUGGCGGUGCAGGUUUCUCAAGGACGGCCCACACAAACACAAGUCUCAACUGCUGAACAUGAAGAAAUAAUAGUAAGAUGCUGCGGAUUUUUCAUUGGCUAUGUUCACUAGUAAUUUUAUUUGCCGAGGCAUCUCUAUCACUCGACCAUUUAUUUAUUUUAUGUGUGUUGUAUACAGACUAUUUUAUACGUCGUCAGAUGUACGCGAGUAGUAUUAUAUUCAUUCAGAGUUGUCCAUGGUGCACUUUCCUCGCCCAGCUGCUCGCAUCCCUAGUCAAGGCCAAUUGAACAAAACCGGGUAUACGAUGAAUUUA